GCGCUCUUCUUUCUUUUCAUCACUCUGCGAAGCAGUUACUCUCACUCAGCUCCGAUCAUUCUCUCCGACUAUCGUUUUCUCCAAGACUAAUGGUGAAUCGUUUUACCGUCACUCUCUCCGCGCGAAGCUUAGCUCUGUACUAAACCCUAACUCGCCGCGUCGGAAGCAAUCGAGCUCGUCCCGCUUCGGUGCAUUCGCUUACACUUGGGCCGGCGAGCUUGGUUUCUGAUCGGGAUAGAGUUUUUGAGUUUGAACAGUUUAAGGCUGCAAUGAGUGGGGAAGACGGAAGCUUGAAGAGGCAUUCGCGUGAUAGUUUAGUGUACCUCACAACAUGUAUGAUUGGGCAUCUCGUGGAAGCGCAUCUUAAAAAUGGAUCGGUUUAUAGUGGUAUAUUUCAUGCUGCUGAUGUGGAGAAGGAUUUUGGAAUUGUUCUAAAGAUGGCAUCCCUGGUUAAAGACGGUACUUUACCAGGGCAUAAAUCUCGUUCCCAGUUUGUCAGAAAGCCACCUUACAAGAUAUUCAUUAUUCCUGCGGAUGAGCUUGUGCAAGUUGUAGCUAAGGAUCUCUCCGUAGUGAGUGACGGCAAGUUAAAUGCCGUUCAGAGUGACAAGUCGGUGGAGCUUUUGACGGAUUCUUCUAUAUCGAAGUCUUGUCGUGUUGUUCAGAGAAGCGAGCGAAAACCCAGGGUACUUGACGGUGAAGCUCCUGAGGGUCUGGAUAAUGUGUUUGAUGAGUCUUGCAAAAGUGAAGAACAAGUGCUCAAAGCUACACCUCUAAUGGUGUCAUCUCAACUAAAGGUUCAAGAAAGUACAAGUCUUGUUCAAACUGUGGAAGAAAAAAAUUCGCCCGGCAAGGAAUCUGCUGAGGCGUCACCGUCAAGUAUGAGUUCAAGUCAGCUGACGUAUACGCCUGAAGAGGAGAAAGAGGAAGGUAUCGAAUCAUUCUUCAAAGUGGCUACUGUAGCGUCUCGAGAAGCCGCUAUCGCUUGCCUCACUCACUGCAAGUGGAAUCAAGACGACGCCAUCAGUUAUUUCUUUGGAGAUUACACAAAAGCUAUUCAAGAUAGUACAAGUCCCGUUAAGGAAUCUGCUGAGGCGCUGUCGUCAAGUAUGAGUUCGAUUCUGCUGACGAAUUCGCCUGAAGAGCAACUGUCUCGGUUGAAAGAGGAGAUUGUCAAAUCAUUCUGCGAUGUGGUUAUUGUAGCGUCUCGAAAAGACGCAGAAGCUUGCCUCAGUCACUGCAAGUGGAAUCAAGAAGACGCCAUCCGUUAUUUCUUUGGAGAUUACACAGAAGCUAAUCCUGAAAUUGCGUGGUCUCAGGCAGGUGAGAGUCAGCCCUUUCAGAAUGAAACAAAUGCAGAUCAGAGCUGCUCGAUAUCUGGUGAUCACGCUGGUCACCUUCCCUCUGAACAGCGGUCCAAAGAUUUUCCUCCCCAAGACAGCAGUACCAGUGAGAGCCAGUUGGGUGAGCGAAGAAACAACAAUAAUCCAGAGGUUGCCCACAGUAACAGAACACCUGAGAAAUCAGUUUCUGGUUCUGGUCAUGGAGACAUCAAAGAAGGUGGCGGUGGAACCUCGGCGUCGAAGACUGUUGCUGAGGAUGAAAGGCAAGUCAGUCAAAUUUCUGGUGAAACAAAAUCUGAAAGCGCUUUUGGGCAGUCGGAUUCUAGAAGAAUUUCAGAGAGCGGCCCAGCUACACCGACGUCAACUCGUCCUGGACUAUCACCAAGCUCGCCAAUUAGUUCGUUGCCCUCACCAGAAAAGUCCACUCUUAACCCGAAUGCAAAGUUUGAACAGUUUAAGGCUACAAUGAAUGUGGAAGAUGGAAGCUUGAAGAGGCGUUCACGUGAUAGUUUAGUGUACCUCACGACAUGUAUGAUUGGGCAUCUCGUGGAAGCAUAUCUAAAAAAUGGAUCGGUUUAUAGUGGUAUAUUUCAUGCUGCUGAUGUGGAGAAGGAUUUUGGAAUUGUUCUAAAGAUGGCAUCCCUGGUUAAAGACGGUACUUUACGAGGGCAUAAAUCUCGUUCCGAGUUCGUCAGAAAGCCACCUUAUAAGACUUUCAUUAUUACUGGGGAUGAGCUUGUGCAAGUUGUAGCUAAGGAUCUCUCCGUAUUCAGUGACGGCAAGUUAAAAGCCGUUCAGAGUGAGAAGUCGGUGGAGCUUUUGACGGAUUCUUCUAUAUCAAAGUCCUGUCGUGUUGAUCAGGGAAGAGAGCUAAAACCCUGGUUACCUGAUGGUCAAGUUCCUGAGGGUCUGGAUAAUGUGUUUGAUAAGCCUUGGAAACGUGGGGGAUGGGAUCAGUUUAAGGUGAAUCAGGAACGGUUUGGAGUAAGGAGCACCUUCAAUGAGGAAAUGUAUACCACACCACUUGACAGAGGUCUUUGGACUAGAGAGCUGGAAGAGAAAGCCAGAGAGAUUGCGAGAGAGAUUGAGGGUGAAAAUACCGGAGAUCUUCAUGUAGCAGAGGAAAGAGGCCUUCAAGUUAAUGAGAAAUUUGAUACUGACGAGGAAGCUAAAUACUCAGCUGUCCGUCGAGUUGAUGGAUUUGAUGAUAGUGGGUUUGAUGAGGAAGACGACAAAUUGCUGGACACUUGCAACGAUCAGACUUUCGGUGGUUCAUCUACUUCUAUUGUCCAGAAGCCACCUUCUUCUAGUGGCCAGAAGCCAACUUCUUCUAGUGGCAAGGGUUAUGGGGGUGAGAGCUGCUCGAUAUCUGAUGAUCACGCUGGUCACCUUCCCUCUGAACAGCGAUCCAAGUAUUUUCCUGCCCGAGGCAGCAGUAUAAGUGAGAGCCAGUUGGGUGAGCGAAGAAACAACAAUAAUCCAGAGGUUGCCCGCAGUAACAGAUCACCUGAGGUAUCAGUUUCUGGUCAUGGAGGCAGUGUACCUGUUAAGAAAAUAUUGUGUGUUUGGAAUAUAGAUAUCGAAGAAGGUGCAAAUCUUGGUGGCGGUGGAACCUCCUCGGCUUCGAUGACUGUUGCUGAGAAAGAAAGGCAAGUCAAUCAAGUUUCUGGUGAAAGAAAAUCUGAAAGCUCUUUUGGUCAGUCGGCUUCUAGAAGAGGUUCAGAGAGCGGCCCAGCUCCGUCGGCGUCAACUCGUCCUGGACUAUCAUCACCAAGCUCGUCAAUUAGUUCGUUGCCGUCAUCAGAAAAGUCCAUUCUUAACCCGAAUGCAAAGGAAUUCAAACCAUCGCAAUCACCAGCUCCUGUACGGCCUCAAUCUUCAAUUGCAGGUGGCUCAUUCUACUACGCUGCUCCACCUCCACCGGUUCAGCAGAUGCCUGUAAUGCCUGUAAUGCCUGCUGGUUACGGAGUUCAACCGCAAUAUCCUGGACAGCAGCAGCUUCUUCGUUAUCCUGGCCACGAGUAUCCUCAAACUUAUUAUCCUCCAAAUGCACCUCCCCAGUAUCAGCAGUGGCAGCAGCUGAUGAUGCAAGGUCAGGAGCUGAUGAUGCAAGGUCAGCAUCCUAGGCCGCCGGAUAUGAUUUACAUGCCGCUGCCUCCUCCUUACCAGCCGGGAAAUCCACAUAAUCAAGGAUGAGAGUAAUAAACAGUUGGUCGUGAUGUUGUUUUACUGGAACCAUUUUCUACUUUUUAGAUUCCCCAUUGGAUUUUAAUAUCUAGUGUUAAAGGAAAAAAACAAAAGAAUAUAACAAUGUACUUGUAUUCUCUUGAAUCUGAAGGUGUACAUAUCUUAGAGUUUAGGUCAUUCUCAUGUGUCUUAACUCUGCAUACUCCCUUAAUGUGAAAUUGAAAUUGAUGAAUUUUCUAA